AUGGCCACGGGCGAGCUGACUGAGCUGGAGAUGGCCAUCGAGAAGAUCGUCACCGUCUUCUUCACCUACGCGGGGAAGGAGGGCAAGAAGGGCACCCUGACAGCCGGCGAGUUCAAGGAGCUGGUCCAGCUCCAGCUGCCCAACCUGAUGAAGGAUGUCCCCUCCCUGGAUGAGAAGAUGAGGGAGCUGGAUGUGAACAACGACGAGGAGCUGAAAUUUGGCGAGUACUGGCGGCUGAUCGGGGAGCUGGCGAAGGCCAUGAGGAGGGAGAAAGCCGGGAAGAAGUGA